UGAAACAUGUUGGUGAUUUGGUAGCUGUGGCUUCAUUGACAGAUGAAGCUAGGUGUAUGGAUCUUGCAGAUCGCUAUAUAAACAGUUAAUCUGUGAAGCGAAUGUUGCAGUCUGAUCAGUGGCUUUGGCAGGAAAAACUGCUGUUUUGUUCACGAAAGAUGGGGGCCAGCACAACAACCUUCAUGUGGUAUGAACUUGCUUAUGAUGAAAGUUGCUUUCGACAUGGUGAUUUUGGACGGGCACUGGAGAAAUUUAUAGCUGUGGAGAAGCACUAUGCUGAUAUUACUGGAGAUCAAUUUGAUUUCCAUUCUUAUUGUUUGCGGAAAAUGACACCACAUGCAUAUGUUGGAAAGCUGAAAUUUAAAGAUUGGUUGCAUUCACAUUCUUAUUUUCACAAAGUAGCAGCUGGAGCCAUUAGGCUCCUUCAACUGAUUUAGCUGUUUUAGAGCUGAAACAUGCAUCUGCUGAUCGUUUUUUCUUGCUUGGUGCAAUGACCAUUGUAGAGAUAGUUGAUGCCCCUCAAGGAUUUGAGCUGGUUACUGACAAUAUAACCACUCUAAAGCCACGGACUCCGCUUUGGGUGGUGAGUUGAUUUCUUUCGGCUAUAGUCAUACUGACAAUUUUAUCAUUAAUGGUUCAUAUAUGAAUCUAAUUGAGAGUUCAAUUGCACAUUGAAGCAUACCCUGUGGCCUAAUUUACCCACCGACCGUGAAAUUUGUCUAGUGGGUAUAAACCAAUGAUGUAGAUGAUUAAAACUGAUAAGAUGGAUUCAGAAGAAUCUUAAAUGUGCAUACUUAUGUGUCAUGGCUAAAGUUAUUAACCUGCCGAAGAAAAUUGGAGAAAGGAUAAAAAAAAAUGCAAAAGUUAUGUUAAAGUAUUCAUUAGUUGCUUUUCAUGAUUCAAGUCCAAUCUCACCUCCUGGAAAUUAAAAAAUUAAGCUCUUAAAAUUUUUAAAUCUUGGCCCAUUCAUGUCCCAAACCAGUGCACUGAAGAGCCUUUGUAGUUAAUUUUCAAUUAUAAGAUAAAGAUUUGAUGUUGCAACUUAAUCAAAAAGACCUUAAUUAUGUCUUACCUUGAAGAAUAAAGCAGACGAUGGCCUUUAGUAUUUGCCCUAAGCCUUAAUUGUAAAUAUUCUUGUUUGAUUAAAAUCUCUUUUAGCAUUUGCCAAUCAAUAGAUGUUAGUAUUUUGGAUUUUUUUGAUGGUAUAGGAUUUUUGUAAUUAUCAUUGAGAAACUACAUUUUUAGGAAGAUCAAUUAUCAUUUAAUGUUUUGCUCAUAGAAAUCUAUUAAUUUUUGCAUUAAUGAUACUAAAAUGGAGAGAGGUUAUCUAGGUGAGUACAAAUACCAAUAUUUUCAUCAUGUUUAUUUAUGGCAUUGGUUGUAAAGUAGUGGGAUAUUCACAGAACAAAUGUAAUUUUUUUUAAUGGAUUUUUCUUUUUGGUUCCAAAGGAACUUAUUGAGGCUACUGCUUUGAGAUACCAUAUGUUGAAUGAUAUGCCACUUCAAAAGAAAGCUUACCUCGUUUCAUAUUGUAUUCUCUAAAACUCUAAAUACGUGUCUUUUUUCAUCUUUCAUUAGAUAUGUGUUCUCAUUGAGUUUUUCUUAUGUUAUGAUUAUUCAUUGAGAAAGUAAGUUAAUGUUGUCUUAAGGUUAGGGUUAGUCUUUAACAAUAUAAGGCCUUCUAUUUAGAAAGUAAUGGAUAAUUAUCUUAGGGUUGUAUUGGGGUUUAAUUUAUUUAGGAUAUAUUGGAGGUUUUGAGUUUAGGUUAAGGUUAUAAUACUUUAUUUGUGAGCUUGGGGUUGUUCAAUCAGUAAAAUGAGUUGUAAUGAAUGUGGUUAGCUGUUGCUUUAUUCAUUUCUUAUUGCCUUACUUUUACUUUAUUUGCUAGCUGUCUUUGUCUUCAUUUUGUUUACUUGCUGCAUUGGUUUUGAUCAGUUUUGGAUUGCUUUUUUUUUAGUUGUUGCAUGGCCUCCAAGUUCUUCUAUUUUUAUUUCUCAAAUAGCAUUGUUAUAGUUAUACUUGGGGGAAACACUAAAAUUAUCCUAUGGCAUGACAAUUGUGUUUAACUCAACUAGUAUGUAAUUGUUAUAUGACACGUUGAAUGGAAACAAUAAUAUCUCUAAGCAUCUCUAUAGAUGUCUUUUCUUGUUGAGAUUUUGUUUUCAUGUUCGGUUUUGGUCUACUAAGAUUAUUUGGUUCCAUAACAAUUGCAUUUAACUUAAGUGGUAUGGACUUAUUAUAUCACAUCUUGCUGAUUUUAGAAUGGGACGUGACUUUGAAUGAAGCUUUCUCUUGUUAUUUGGCUCUUUGAAAUGGAAAUAUAAUAUUCCUAAGAUUUCUGUCGAUAUCUUUUCUCAUUAAGAUUUUGUUAUAUCAGAUUCUUCUUGUUUCAUUUUUUCAUUUUUUGUGUACAUGAGUUGAGUUUUGUAAUUUUGCUUUCGAAAAAAUCUUUGGAUUGUGGUUUCGUAAGUAUGAUUGUUAUUUGGUAGUCUCUAUGGAGCUCAAUGGAUUGUGUGCUUGCAAGCUUGCAAAGAUGGGAAGAAUUAGAGAUUCAAAUUUGUAUAGCUGUGUGUUGUGCAUGUUAGGAGUUAGUUAUUUUUUGUUGGUUUAACUUUAUUGCUUGAUGGAUUAAUUUCUUAGGUUUAAUUUCUGAAACUAAGUACCACCAAACCCAAAGGUUGAGUGUUAAAAGGAAGAUUCCUUGCCUCUUUUGUUAUUGGAGUUAGUUAUCAUCUUUGGCCAUUCAUAGUUUUCGUUUUUUUCUCAUUGAGGCUUUGUUAUGUCAUGUUUUGAUUUUUUUUUUGACACAUUUAUCUAUAUUAGUUUAGUUUUUGGAAUUUAACUUUUUGAAAAAGCCCUUAGUUGUGGCUUCUUAAGUGUGGAUAUUAUUUAGUAGUUGUCUGCUCUAAGCGAAUGGCUUGCAUGAUAAGGAGGAAUUCAAUUUCUAUGCCUCGUGUAUGUAUAUUUUGCAAGUUUCUUGUUUUGUUUGUUACAAUCUUUUUGUAGGAUAGAAUGGUUUCUUUCUUUUAAUUUCUGAAACUUAAUUUUGACGAGGAUAGAAAUUGCUGCUUAAAAAGAAGAUUAUCUGUAUGGGCUGUGUGCUCUAAGCAAUGGC